AUGUCCCCCGAAACCCUGCACGGCCCCGGUUUACUUUUUGUGCGCUCGCGCAUCUCGCCAUCCAGCAAAGAGAUACUCUCCGAAACCACAUUCCUCAAAUGGUACGACGACGAGCACGUUCCCGAAGUCCUCUCCAAAAGCGAGAUUAAAGAUGGCUUUCGGUACGUGGAUAUCCACAAAUCCUCUUGCAUGGGCGAUGCGAGCAACGACAAGCCUUACCUCGCGUGCUACCCAAUGCACGACCUAGCCUACACGCUCAGCUCCGGCUUCAAGAACAUCAACGUCAAAAGCGACAUUCUGCCGGGCACGGGCAUCAUUUAUGACCUCGCGGAUCUGGAUACCAGUUUUCUGGGUUUCAUCAGUGCUACGCCGAAACAAGGCUGCGCAGAUACGCAAGCCAGCUACAUCAUGACUUCAGGCAUCCGACCUGAAACCGAGCCUGGACAAGACAAGGUCCUGGCUUUCUACACGCAGCAAACGGAACUGCUGUCGCAAAUACCACUGUACAUGCGCACGCUGCAUUUUAAAUUGCUCUACGCAAGGACAAAUGCCCAGUCUCGCGCUUUCAAGGGUUUGCCGACUACAAAUGAGCCGCUUCCGGAGCCCUCGACUUGGCUGGCUGUACAUGAAUUUUCGGGUCUGCCCGAGGAAGACGUUGUGCAGAGUCUCCAGCGCAGCGUGGAAAGGGGGGUGGAUGGGUUUGGAAAGACGGAGAGUGAAGUGCUUGUUUGGAGGCUGGACCGUGUGCAUGGGAGAGGCAGGUUUUUGGACGAGGAAGAAUAA